AUCCAAUAGAUAAUACAGCAGAAGAGCCACAAGCUUCAAUAGCACGCAUUAUCAGCAACAACCAAAUGUUUCUGGCAACAGCACGUGCUAUGGUCGAUAUAAUGAAUACUAUAAUGGAAGCUAAGUACACUUUACGUCUUGCAAAUUCAUCAGAUCAAAAGCUAACGAAGGACACGAUCCAGCAUAGUAUAAUCGCCGAUUGUGACUAG